AUUAUUAUGUCGCUUAAGUAAAAUUGGCAGAAUCGAGCCCCAGGAUGUUCUGUUGCGUUUCAGUACGGUGUAGACGUAGUUCAGUUCCUUCAUUACUGGAUUCUUCUUCUUCUUACUGAGUUCCUGCCCUGAUCCCUAUUUUAUUUUGGGAAGUAUUUACCUCUAUCUAUAAGUAUAGGUAGGUUGGUGCAUAGUUAAAAAUUAAGGUAUAUACUGUUCGCAAGGACCGCUAUUUUGAGUUUAGAAAAUUCCCAUGGUGUCAUACAGUCGUCGACGAAGUUUAGAGGUCAGCUUGGCUCUUAGAAUAGAAUCUUCAUGUUAUGCGCGUUGCAUGAACAUUGCGCGCUCGGCUGCCUUCGAAAGCGCACGUCGAAUUGUACCGCUAUGCAAGAAAAGUAAAUCCGUAUACAUAAACUCGCGUCCGCCGCGGUUAUUAAUCAACUACGUUAACCAUAAGAGAUAUUACGAAAUUCGUCAAUCCUUUUCUGAGACCUUCAAUCUACUUCAAUGCCGACUGAAGCCUUUUCGAUUGUGACACGGUUGAGUUAAACAUGCGUUUACAUAUGUUUUGGUGAUUUAAUUUGUAUAUAAAGAUUGUUUAAGUAUUAAAAAUGUCUGGAAGAAAGGUUUUUAGUUUAUUUACAACUGUGCUGCUGUCUAUACUCGUGAUAACUGGAGGGUCUGAAGAUGGCAGCCGGGUGAAGCGGGUGCGAGCUGACAGUGGCCCUGUAUCCCGGGAACCUGCACAGGCAUUAGAUGCACCAGACCCUGAGCCCGGGGCCGCCCCUGCACCGCCGGCAUUCCUCAGCCCUUCUGUGAAGGAGUAUCUAGAACUUGGAAUGGCAAUACCUGGAAAACCAGGAACUGACUACCCGGUGCUGGGAGCAGUGCCAUACACCAACUUCUACUGCGACGAUCAACCUUACCCGGGUUUCUUCGCGGACAUGGAGACUCGUUGCCAAGCAUGGCACUACUGCGACAUCGACGGCCGUCAAGCAUCGUUCCUGUGCCCCAACGGCACGGUGUUCUCUCAGGCCGUGGCGUCGUGCGACUGGUGGUUCAACGUGCGCUGUGCACUGUCGCCCGCACUAUACCGCCUCAAUGCUCGCCUCUAUCGCAGAAGGAAGACCACCAAACCCAAACCUCAUCGCCUCAUAGAUAAGAAGCUGUUGUCAGAAAUAUUCUUGUAAAUAUUGUUGUGUAGAUAGUUUUUUUUUAUGAGUUGCCAGUUGUUUUUAUUUUUAAAAAGUGCUCUAAAUUCAAGUUUACCUCUUUAUUUGUUUUCAACUGUUACUAUAGCUUGGCAAGCUCGUUAAGGACACUAUCAUGAUCCACGUGAGGAGCGGAGGUGAUAACAGGUACGCGGGACCCACCUACGUCCCGCCCUCCUUAUUGGCCAUGGGAGUAUCACUAACGAGUUCGCCAGGCGGUAGUGUAAAUUGAAGUAUAGUAAUAGGGAUUGGAUUAUUUCGAAUCAAGUACACGAGAUAACCUGUAAACUUAAUAGAGCACAGCCUGUUAAAAAGUGUGGGACAUCCCCAGUAAAAACUCGUAGGUACCCAGUUACUGCAAGAAUCUGGCAACUCAUAUUUUCGUCGAUAUUAGGAUAACCCUACUCAAUAGAGUGUAUAGUUUUAAGUAUAGAUAAAAUAAAAUAUACAUUAUAUAUGUAUUAUGUACUUAUUAUAGUAUCAUAUAAAGUGAUAUUUCAUCGACUUGGAACGAUUAAAGAAUAUGCUCAAGCAUAUUCUCUUAAUGUCCUCGUCGAUAUCUUAAAAUUUUAAAUCAUAUUUUGGAAUCAAUAAUCCAGAAAUAAUUUUGGCACACUAUGCAUUAAAGAGUUUCAGAUGUUUCAUUACAUUUAUAUUCUUUAAUAUCUCAAUACAUUGUUCUAUCAAUUGUUUGUUAUUGAAAUAUUAUUUGUAUCUAUUUAAAGCAAAUCUAAAGUGUUUCAAUUAACAAUAAGAAGGAAAGACCUGUCUGUUAAGUUAACAGUAAGCAAACAGAAAAUCCAAGAAUGUAUUAUACUUACUUUUGGUGUUUUUGUCCAUAGCAAUACAGUCUCUAGAUCAGUUAGGGAGUUCACUGCCAAUUCGGCUUUUUUACUAUGCUUAGUGCGUAUGUACGAAUAUAAAAUCUGAUAAAAAAUGUCUAGAUUUCACUUUAACAUUUCAUUACCCUGCAAAGGAAUGACAAAAUUUACUGAGUUGAUUCAGUAUUUUAAUGACCAAAAGGACAAACUGCAAUGGUGGACCAAAAUCUGCAGAUGUUUAGAGUUUGUUGUUGAUCGACAAUUAAGAAUUCGUGGAGUUGGCCAGUAUUUUGAAGUUCUGUUUUUCAAGUUGACUCCUUGUUUGGGUUGAAGAGCCUAGCUCAGCCUAGUUAAGUCAGUCGCUCCAUGUAAAAUGUUGAUACUUAGCUGCAUUCAGUAAACUGGAAGCUGAUUCUGACGUAGUUAG